AUGAAUUCAAAAUGGUCUGCUUUAUCGAAUGCUCAUGAUGCAACUACUCACUUAAAUUACAAUUAUGUUUUACCUUCUAAUCUUAUUUAUAAUGGAACAUUAAAUAACAUAAAUCAAUCAUUUUUUUCUUCAUCAACUAUUCUAUCAAAUACAAUUCAAAACUUAAGUUUAUUAAAAAAUCAUACUAUGACACAGGAUAUCUUUUCGCCACAUAUUACAAGAUGUAUUCUUAUACUUUUAGUGUCAUUAAUGACACUUAUGACUGUAUCAGGUAAUUUGUUGGUUAUUAUUGCAUUUAUACGUGAACCAACAAUACGUACUUAUUCAAAUUAUUUUAUUCUUAAUUUAUCAAUAGCGGAUUUAUUGAUUGGUCUUAUAUGUAUUCCACUCUAUGCUCAUAAAUUUAUAUUCGGUCAAUGGUAUCUUGGUUAUCAUCUAUGUAAACUAUGGCUUGUAUUUGAUUAUGUUGUUGGUUCAGCAUCAACAUUAUGUAUUGUUGUUAUUUCUUAUGAUCGCUAUCAAAUGGUAUCGAAAGGAUUAAAUUAUUUAUCAGAUACAUCUAUAAGACGCGCAUUAAAAUUUGUUUUUGGAACAUGGAUUGUUGCCAUACUUAAUUACGGUCCAGCAAUUAUAUUAUGGGAUUGGUUACCCAGUAGUGAACCAUAUCAAUAUCGAAUAUGUGGUCCACCAUUUGCAAAAAAUUUUCCAUAUCUAGUAACAACAGCAUUUGUAGAAUUUUUUGGACCAUUUUUUAGUUUAACAACACUUAAUUUAUUGGUUUAUUUAAAUAUACGACAGCGUUCACGUGGAAUCAUAAGUAAGAAUGUAAUUAAAUUAAAAUCCAAUGCAUCUGAUGGAAAUUUAACUGAUAAAAAUAAAGAAAAAGAUCGAAAAAAAAAUUUUCCAGUAAGUUAUUCUAAAUCAACAUCAUUAGCACGUGAUCGUAAAGCAGCAAAAAAUUUAUUUAUACUUGUUUUUGCUUUUGUUAUAUGCUGGUGUCCAUAUACAUUAUUAACACUUAUACGUGCUUUAUGCAAAUACGAAGAUAAAUGUAUAUCUUCAAUUAUAUAUGAAGUAACAUUUUGGCUAUUAUGGUUAAAUUCAACAAUUAAUCCAUUACUUUAUUCUUUUCUUCAUGUUAAAUUUCGCGAAGCUUUUUAUCGAAUAUUAUGUUUCUAUAAACAUAAACAUCGUCAUCGAUUGAGAACAGAUCAAGUCUAA